GACGCCCAUGCCAGCAUUCUUUACACUAAGAAGAAAACCCGGAUUAAAGGGUCUCAUGUAUAUUGACCCAAAGGUUGGGCGUUUGUUAGCCCUUCUAUGUAAUUUGAGAAAAGAGAGGAAAUCCCAACCCUUUUGCCGCAGCGGCUGCAGCAGAGCCCCUGAGCUGAUGAGGUUUAUCCCCGACCUGCCGGCGGCGGAAGACAGAGCACGGCCGCUCACCCCCCGGGAGACGGCGGAGGGCAAGCAGGGGGCUUCCGCGUGGCAAGAGCCGGGCCUGGGCCUCACCCGCGAGCCGACGGCCGCCCCUGCGCGGGGCCUGGCCUCUGCCUCCUCGGGGGCCAUGAACUGACCGAGCGGACAAGGGGCUCCUCUCCCCCUCGAGGUGCAGGGCCGGACAGCCUGCAGCCACCAUGCUGGCCCCGGGCAGCGGCCCCGAGCUGAGGACCUGGUUUGCCCCACUGUGGAGGCAGAUCUCUUGGCUCACCUGCUGGAUUGCCCUGUGCACGGCGGAGGCCCUCCCCGCCUGCCCCUUGCCCUGCACGUGUGACGGCCACGGCCUGCAGGUGGACUGCAGCGGCCGGGGCCUCACCGCGCUGCCCCCGGACCUGCCGGCCGCCACCCGCACCCUCCUGCUCCUGAACAACAGGCUGAGCUUCCUGCCCGGCGGGGCCUUCGCCAGCCUGUCGGGCCUGCAGCGGCUGGACCUCUCCAACAACUUCCUGGACGGGCUGCCGCACACCGCCUUCGGGGAGCUGGCCAACCUGACGGAGCUGCAGCUGCGCAAUAACAGCCUCCGCGCCCUGGACCCCGAGCUGCUGCGGCCCCUGCCGCGCCUGCGCCACCUCGACCUGUCCCUCAACGGCCUGGCCCGGCUCCCGCCCGGCCUCUUCGACGGGCUCCCCGCCCUGCGCUCCCUGUUCCUGCGCGCCAACCGCCUGCAGAGCCUGGACCGGCGGACCUUCGAGCCCCUGGCCGGCCUGCAGCUGCUGCAGGUGGGGGACAACCCCUGGGAGUGCGACUGCCACCUGCGGGACUUCAAGCACUGGCUGGAGUGGUUCUCCUACCGAGGGGGGCGCCUGGAUCAGCUGACCUGCACCCUGCCCAAGGAGCUCAGGGGGAAGGACAUGCGCGCGGUCCCCAUGGAGAUGUUCAACUACUGCUCCCAGCUGGACGGCCAGCAGAGCUCAGCCGGGCUGGAGGUCCCCGGGCCGCCCUGCACCAAGGCCAGCCCGGAGCCUCCCAAGCCCAAGCCGGGCCCCGAGCCCGAGCCUGAGCCCAGCACCGCCUGCCCCCAGAAGCAGAGGCCGCGGCCCGUGAGCGUGCGGCGGGCCAUCGGCACCGUGAUCAUCGCGGGGGUGGUCUGCGGUGUGGUCUGCAUCAUGAUGGUGGUGGCCGCUGCCUACGGCUGCAUCUACGCCUCCCUCAUGGCCAAGUACCAUCGGGAGCUCAAGAAGCGCCAGCCCCUGAUGGGUGACCCAGAGGGCGAGCACGAAGACCAGAAGCAGAUCUCCUCUGUGGCCUGAGAGCCCAGGGAGGGGCCGG